UUUACGACCCCGUCGUAAAACCCCGUCAUCAACAGCACCGAGUUGAACUCGGUUUCACUUACCUGAGAGUUUUGUACAUUUAACAUAUUACCAUCGAUCGUAUUGACGCCUUUAGAUGCCAGGUGAACGGUUGAAAUGGAGGCGAUGGAAGAUGAGAGUUCAGACGUAAAGGAUGACCACAAUCAUAACUACUGUGCGAGCAGCAGCAGUAGCAGCAAUAAAAUCCAAACGUAUUUAAGCAGCCAGCUUUCCGAGGUAACAACGCUCCAUAAACCCGUGUCUUUAUCGGUACCAAAAGGCAGCCUGGACUCUGUUGGAGGGGGUUCGAUAUCACGUAGCACCGACGGGUCAAAGGUCAUGGACUCGGACUCAGGCAGCGAGUGCAGCGAAGCGGGUGAGACCGACUGCUCCACCACGGCGGCAGCAGCUUCUGCUGAGGGGACUUUCACCGCAGAUUCGACUUCAAAGCUCCUUCUAAGUGCAAUGGCCGUGGAAGACUACCGUAAUAACCACUGGCCAAACUUGGAGAAGGCCAUUGAACGCCUGCUAAUUCAGAAUCCUAUGGACCACAUCUCUGUUUCAUAUGCUCAGAUAUACAGUUAUGUCUACAAAUGUGUUUGUCAGCAACACUCGGAGCUCCUCUACGUUGAUCUGAAAUCCAAAAUAGCACAUCAUCUACAUCAAGUUUCCAGCCAGCUGCAUGCCGUCCCACCUGAAAACUUCGUUGAAAGCUUCAACGCAGCACUGACGCAAUACAUUGCAUCUCUUCAGUGUAUUGUUCCAGUAUUCAUGUAUUUGAACAAAUUCUACAUAGAGUCAAAGCUGAACCGUGACUUGAGACAGGAGCUGAUGAACCUGUUUGCUGACCAUGUUGCAGAGGAGCAUGUCAACAAACUCAUGCCGCUUCUCAUCAAAGCUCAUGCAAUGCCCUUCGAAGUGCAGCCAUCAACCAUGGCCAGUGUGGUUACAGGCCUCCACAGCCUCCGACCAGAAUGGGCCCAGUUAGCACCAGCACUCUUCUCCAGCUUUAUUCCUCAAAUCAACCCCCUCGCUGUGGAGUCAUUGCUCUCCGACUACGCUGCUCACGACCAGAAACUCCAGAUGGAGCUCUCCAUGAAUGGCUUCCCACGAGGGGAUCAGUCUCGCAAGCGAGCCAACGAUGACUCCUGAUGAGAAGACGGCCAUCUGCACGUGUGUCACUGAGUCAUCUACACAAGACACCUCUGUUCAUAUCGAUGCUUUGUGUGACACCCAGUAGCAGGAUUGUAGUCUGCUGCAUUACAACUUACACGGGUGACGGUAGGGUGGUCACCGCAGCGCAUGGACACGUGUUUGUAUGCGUGCCUUCAUGGUGUCUAAUGGAGGGAUAAGCGAAUGUAACGGUAUUGCAUUCCUAACCUUUGUAAUAAAAGCGGCCUGGAAUCCUUUUUCAGAGAACAGGCUAACAGAGAAUCUUGCUGCUAAUAACCAUACAGUAUGUUUGUAUACAAAACCCAUGUUUCGCUCCUUGUGUCUGUGAAGUCAGCAGCUUCAUACCACACAAGCCAGGAGGGCAAGAAAUGGGAAGUUAAACUGUGAUUCUCCUCUUAAUGUUGCCUUUAUGCGUCGAUAAACCGCACUGUGUUUCCAGUUCCGCCAAAGAGGAGUACUUCAUAUUCUGUGUACGGAUUCAAGCUAACGUUGACAGUGAUGUAUCCUGACUUGUUUUGAGUAUAUUUUUUUUAUACUAACACGUUUUGAUUGUUGAAAUUCACGUGUGUGUGUGUGUGUGUGUGUGUGUGUGUGUGUGUGUGUGUGUGUGUGUGUGGUAGCCUUACACGUAGGAACUUUGCUUCAUAAACAUAAACAUUGUUCUUUUUUUUUUUUUUUGCCUUGUCUUUAAUGUCUCUUCCAAAUUUCAAACAACAAAUAUGCAAACACACAAACAUGUACAGGUCUAUAGGAAAAGUCGAGUGUCCAAGUGUGUAGUUUUUGUGUUUGUACAUUCGUGUUUGUCGCACAGGCAUUUUAGUUUCAUAAUUCACUCUUUUAGUGUAAUUGAGAAACUCUGUCUUUAUCAGUCUGUCCUGGGAAUGCUUAUGACUGUCAUGUAAUAAAUACGUUAAUUGCCAAUGAGACAUCUGUUGUUAUAUGUAAAAAUGAGACCAUGAUAGCUAAAAUUUAUUGUAACCAAAUACAUUUUUUAAAAUUAAGCCGUUCCAGAAAGUCAAAAUUGUUAACCCAAAACCCGUUCAAUAGUUUUACAUGCAGGAAACAAUUCAAAAUGCAUAUAAAUACAUAUAAAUGAUGUAUGAAAGAAGUGAACACUUAAGGUUACUUUGACCUUAAUUUAAGCAUGAGACAAUGUGGCAGCCAGAUC